UUUUUUUCUCCAUUGAUGAUAGUAACUAAUUGAUACAUAUGAUUCAUUAUUUCAGAAUUUGCAAAUUCCAAAGAUAUCAGUGUUUGACCUCAAUUCAUUCCAAAAGUCUGGACGAAUACCGGUUUGGUCGAAAACCAAAUUAUUUUUCCCCAUAGGAAAUAAUGUAAAACGAAUUAAUCUGUUUCGACUCAAUAGUUGAUCUCACAGCUUGGCAACAUUGAUGCCUGAUUUACCCUUUUUUGGAGACAUGACUACUGAAAUUAUACCACAAAAGAUAGCGUGGGGUUAUAACACAAGCACUCACAGAUGACGCUUUCAGAACAGAUGAUCCGCAUAAACUGCUUCACCUCUAUUGUCUACGCCAGGUUACGCUGCAUGGAAAGUGUGUGCAGCAUGGGCGUCGCUAGGCCAUUUUUAGGGGGGUUUUAACAAUUCUACUCAGCCCCUCUAAAAAUUCUGUGAUUCUCCAUAAACUGUACACAAAUUCGUGAUUGCCUCAGUCCCCGUUAAAUUUCAUAUGAAAACGGUGGCAGACUUCAGCUCCUCCCAGUCUUUCAGCGUGUUCUUCAAUUCGCAGAGCGAGGACAAGAGUGCUAUGCAAUACAGUGGAAUGCUGCAAUAAGUUUACCAUCCUACCCUGUUAGUCAAACGUUUAUUUUUUUAUUUUUUUACUCUUAUACCCUCAUUGGGGGCUGAGCCUCCCUUAAAUGAAAAUUCAUUAUUUGAUAUUCGUUGCAAUCCUGUAUGAAACAAGAACCAGUGUAUCUGAAGGGUGAAUCGUACACCAAGGUCAAAUUGACUCGAAAAUUCAAAUUGAGUACUGAAAAUUCGAACAUGUGUGGUCGUGGACCGAGGUACCACUGUAUAUAAAAUGUGUAUGUAUGUGUGUCUACACUGAUCAGGCAUAACUUUAUGACCACCUGCCUAAUAUUGUGUUGGUUCCCUCUUUUGCUGCUAAAACAGCCCUGACCAAUCAAGGCUUGGACUCCACUAGAUCUCUGAAGGUGUGCUAUGGUAUCUGGCACCAAGAUGUUAGCAGCAAGUCCUUCAAGUUGCAAAGUGGGGCCUCCAUGGAUCGAACGUAUUUGUUCAGCACAUCUCACAGAUGCUCAAUUGGAUUGAGAUUGGAGGCCAAGUCAACACCUCAGUCUCAUUGUUGUGUUCAUCAAACCAUUCCUGAACCACGCUUGCUUUGUGGCCCGGCGCAUUAUCCUGCUGAAAAAGGCCACAGCCAUCAGGGAAUACUGUUUCCAUGAAAGGAUGUACAUGGUCUGCAACAAUGUGUAGGUAGGUGGUACCUACUUGCCUUUUUCCCAUAGUGCAUCCUGCUGCCACGUGUUCCCCUGGUAAGAGACGCACCCAUCCAUCCACGUGAUAUAAAAGAAAACGUGAUUCAUCAUACUAGGUCACCUUCUUCCAUUGCUGCUUGGUCCAGAUCUGAUGCUCAUGUGCCCAUUGUUGGUGCUUUCAGCUGUACACAAUAAACUGUGAUGCACUGUGUAUUCUGACACCUUUCUAUCAGAACCAGCAAUUUGAGCAACAGUAGCUCGUCAGUUGGAUCGGAUCACACGGGCAAGCCUUCCUUCUCCACGUGCAUCAGUGAGCCUUGGCCGCCCAUGACCCUGUCGCUGGUUCACCACUGUUCCUUCCACCACUUUUGGUAGAUACUGACCACUGCAGACUGGGAACACCCCACAAGAGCUGCAGUUUUGGAGAUGCUCUGAUCCAGUCAUCUAACCCUAACCCUCUCAAAUCCUAACGCUUGCCCAUUUUUCCUGCUUCCCACCCAGCAUCAGGUGGCAUGAUGAGGAGAUAAUCAGCAUUAUGCACUUCCUGUCAGUGGUUAUAAUGUUAUGCCUGAUCGGUGUAUCUCUCUGUCUCGUAUAUACACACACGUACACAUUUUAGAUCAUUUCACAUCAUAGGUACAUAAAAUGAUAGUGACUUUAUUGAGUUUCACUUUUCUUAAUGCAUCUAUUUUAGGCGGAUACCACCAGCUUGAAAACCUUCCUCUCGGCUGCUCAACUUGCACACAGAGGAACCGUUAGGGAGAGCAUUCCCCUCUCCACACUUACCCCUGUUCGUGCCAGAGAUGUGGAGAAACCCAAAAAGAAGCUCACCAUCAUGUCCAAGAAGGACUAUCCCCUCACAUCUAGCUUCCCCUACUCUCUCGAGCAGCUGCAAGUGUCUUACUGCAAGCUAGCCAGGGUGGACAUGCGCAUGCUGUCUCUAAAAUCACUGCGAACACUUGACCUCAGCAAUAACCACAUCAAGAAACUUCCAGAUACCAUCGGUGACCUUCAACUCCUAACAGAACUGAUUCUCCAUAACAACCACUUAGAGAGCUUCAGUGAAGCACUAUGCCUCUCCAGCCUCCAGAAAUCACUUCAACAUCUAGACCUAAGCCAGAACUGCAUAAAGCUGCUGCCUGCUUGCUUUUGCAAGUUACGUGAGCUUGUUAGCCUUAAAAUGGAUGACAAUGAGCUGGAACAGCUGCCUUUUCAUAUUGGCCAACUCACAAAAAUGCGUUUCCUGUCUGCUGCCCACAAUAAGUUUACCGUGCUGCCUGGUGACUUCUGCAAGUUGUCACUGGAGAACCUGGAUCUGUUCGGGAACCCCUUUGCUCAGCCGAAUCCUCUUGAUCACAGCAUUCAACUCACGUUACCUCUCACUUUGGAGGAGCUGGCCUCUAGAGCUGUGCUAAAAUAUAGAAUCCCUUACGGGCCUCAUCUCAUUCCCUUUCACCUUUGUGGCGACAUGGAACUGGCAAAGGUGUGUAACUGCGGCUGCAUCUGUGUAAACUCUUACAUACAGACAGCUGUUGGCAUGAACCUGCAUCUAGUGUCUCACACUGUGGUGCUUGUGGAUGACAUGGGAGGCACAGAGGCUCCCAUUCAGCGACAUUUUUGCUCACUAACAUGCUACUGCCAAUUCCUGGAUGGCUGUGUACAGAGAGGACUGAGCUGAGAAGAAUUUAACAUUAAAGAAGAACCUCUUUCUUGCAGUCCUGUUAAUAGUUUCCAUGCUCACACAGUAACCUCUGUUAUAAUCAGCACUUGGUGUUUCUGUUGUUUGCUACCCUUAUGUGUGGUAGCAAACGACAGAAUUGUGUGAUAUUGCCACAUUAGUAAUGAAUUAGCUACAGGUUACUGUUAGCCAAUCAUGAAACAUCACAUGGCUUGUGGUCUCAUGGUCACUAUUUAUAAUUAUUUUUAUUUCAAAUUGACACUUUACAGGUAGACCGUUGGAACAAGAUUUAUUCCUCAGCGUUCAACCAAAUUAAUAUCAGAUAGUUUCAGUAAUAGUAUCAGUUCAUCCAAAUGUACAGCCUAUGUUUUAAAGGCAGAUUUAUGAUUAGUAAAACAAGGUUGUGUUAUGAAUUGAAAUGAUUUUGUGCAUGUCAUGGUUCUGUUCUUAAUAUUUUUGGUAUAUCAUCAAUAAAGUAACUUUUUAACUUAAAAUUUGAGUACUAAACAGUAUUGUUUUGUUGUUAAAUUGUUAUGUUGAGCAAUUUACCAGACCAUAUCAAGACCCCCUUGGAGUGGAGUGAAACCAAACAGUUAAUUAUUUAUAUAUAUUUAUUUAUAUAUUAUAAAUAACAGGUAAUUAUUUUACCGUUUUUUAUUCAAAACCCAAAUAUUACAGAAAUUGAGUAAAUCAACUUUUGUUUUUAUUAAGUCUUAUUAGUUGUUUUUUUUUUACAUGCCUUGUUAUGAACAUGAACAGUAUACUACAACUAAGUGAAAAUAAAGGAUAUAUUACUCCCCCAAAUGUUAAGGACAACUUUGAGUUAGACGUGAGACUGUUAUGUGGGAAAUUCCCAGAUCAACAGAUUAUGAAAUCAUAAGCCCUUCUGGUACCAACAUACUUUCCAUGAAUAAAGUUGCAUAGUUGACACUUUUUGUUCAUUCUGAUGUUUAAUGUUAAAUAUCUUCUCCUGUAUCCACAUGAUUCUUUGAAGUUCACUGCUGCUACCUGAUUGAACUUAAAAUUAACAUGAAUGUAUAGGUGUGCAGGGGUUUCUAAAAAAGAGGAUGGAGAAUAUACACUGAUCAUCCAUAACAGGAAAACUGCCUAAUAUUUUGUUGGUCCUUCUUGUGCCACCAAAACAGCUCUGACCCAUCUAAGGGGGACCAACACAAUAUUUAGACUGGUAACAUUGUAUCUUUUUUUGCAUUGGUGUCUGUGAUUAAUGGUUUAGUAAUUGCAGCUCUUCCUUGCAUGUUGGCUUUUUAAAGUUCUCUGUGGACUGUUUUUGUGGAAACUGGGUUUAUAAGGUGGAUAUUAAGUUCUGCUAUCACUUUUGCUGCAGGAGUUCUGUGUGGUUUGGACACAACAUCCAAGGGUACAUCCAAGGGUUCGAUAGGCCCUAUCAUUAAGUUUUGAUUUAUCCACUUUUCUUCUUGGCUGAUGAAGCCCUGCCAUGCUUUGUAUAUGCAGUCAUAAGAAUGUUGCUCUUGAAACACCAAAGAGUUGGGCUGUAUAGGUUUCAGAUGCUCCUGCUAAACAGGCUCCCACAUUCUGUUCCCUUUGAAAGUCUGACAAGUCACCCAUUUGAACAAUGUCUUAAAUUGCUGAGCACAACUUGUUUUAUACUGGCAAGUAACCUAAACAAUACAUAGCAAUGAAAAAUAAAUAAAUGAUAAUCACAUUGAAUUACCUAGGCAGGCAGGUUGUUCUAAACAUCUUGGAGAGCUAACCAAAGAUAUUCUGUGGAUGUAGGCUGCCUCAAGUCCUUCUGUCUUUUCAUGUAAUCUCAAACAGACUUGAUGAUGUUAUCAGGAGACUCUCUGGAUUGUAAUUAUUGUACUGCCCUCCAGCCCUUCUACAAACAUCCUGCCUCCUGCUAUACAGCUGAAGAUACUACAUAACAUUGCGACUGUGUCUGUUCCCCGAACCAAACGAAAAUGUUUUAACAAUCAGAAAAUUUGUUUUAGUAACCUGAUUAACAUAAAACUAGAUGAUAGUGAAUGCACAGCCAGCACCUUUGAUCUGAAGCUAGGACUGUUAAAUAUAAGAUCUCUGUCAACUAAAACACUUAUAAUUAAUGAACUGAUUACUGAUCAGGAGUUCAGCGUUCUUUGUUUAACAGAAACAUGGAUUAAACAAAACGAGUAUGUAGCAUUAAAUGAAGCUUGUCCGCCUGGCUAUAGCUAUAUACAUCAACCGCGUCUAACAGGCAGGGGAGGAGGUGUCACAGUUAUUCAUGAUAAGCUAAGCGCCACACAAAAACCCAGACAUCAGUUCAACACAUUCGAAGCUCUUUAUACUAACCUAACGUAUGCAAGUACUAAUAAUAAGUUUACAGAGUCAAUUCCACUAAUUGUUAUUUACAGACCCCCAGGGCCAUACUCUGAAUUCCUUAAUGAAUUUGGAGAUUUUACUUCAAACCUUGUUGUUUCUUUAGACAAAGCACUAAUAGUAGGAGACUUCAACAUUCAUUUUGAUAAGCCAGAAGACCCUCUGAGAACAGCAGUUGUGUCCAUCUUAGAUUCAUUAGGUGUUAAUCAAAAUGUAAUAGGACCCACUUAUAAUGGAGGUCACACUCUGGAUCUCAUUUUUACAUUUGGAUUAAAUAUAGAAAACAGUCACUCUUCCACAGUCGGAAGCUAUCUCAGAUCAUUAUCUAGUUUCAUUUAGAAUGCGUCUUAGUCACGAGAUGCGCAACUUGCCACAUUACCGUAUGAAGCGUAUAUUUACGUCUGCUACUGCAGAGAGAUUUACCGAUAGUCUCCCAAAAUUAUCACACGAUUGGUUCACUGUCUGACCCUACAGAACUUGACCAGGCGACUGAUUACUUGGAGUCAUUAUUUCGGAACACCCUAGACACUGUAGCUCCACUUAAAAGGAAAAAAAUUAAAGACAAGAAACUAGCACCCUGGUACAACAACCACACACGAGCUUUAAAACAAUCAGCUAGGAAACUAGAGCGUAAAUGGCGUCAAACUAAAUUAGCAGUAUUCCAGAUUGCGUGGAAGGAAAGCCUUCUGAGAUACAAAAAUUCUCUUAGUACUGCUAGAUCAGCGUAUCUCUCUAAGCCCUAAUUGAAGAUAACAAAAACAAUCCAAAAUUUUUAUUUAGCACUGUAGCAAAACUAACUAGGAGUAAAGCCACUGUAGAAAAGCGCACACCAUCUACAUUUAGCAGCAAUGACUUCAUGAAUUUUUUCAAUGAAAAAAUUGACAAUAUCAGGCAAAAAAUUCAGACUAUUAAUUUAAAACCAUAUUAUUUGAUAGAUAAUCCUUUAGAUAAUAUAGCUAUUUCUGAUCAGAGCUUAGAGUGCUUCACUCCACUUCAAGAGCCUGAUCUAAUUUCACUAAUUUCUUCUUCAAAAUCUUCUACCUGCAUCCUAGAUCCUUUACCCACAUCUUUCCUUAAACAGAUAUUACCAGUAGCUACUGAACCCCUUCUAAAAGUAAUUAAUUCUUCUCUAAGCAUUGGCUAUGUGCCUAAAUCUUUUAAGCUAGCAGUUAUCAAACCCUUGAUUAAAAAAACGGAACUCGACCCCUGUCAGCUGUCUAACUAUAGACUGAUAUCAAACCUGCCCUUUAUCUCCAAGAUCAUAGAAAAGGCUGUAGUUAUGUUCGUACCUGCAUAUAAAUAACAUUUAUGAAAUGUAUCAGUCAGGAUUUAGGCCUCAUCAUAGCACAGAGACAGCACUGGUUAAAGUGGUAAAUGACCUGUUACUGGCUUCUGAUCAGGGUUGUGUCUCCCUACUGGUGUUACUGGAUCUUAGUGCAGCUUUUGACACCACUGACCACACUGUUCUACUUGAUACACUAGAACAUGUUGUUGGUGUUAAAGGAACAGCCCUCUCCUGGCUCAGGUCUUAUUUGACUGACCGUUAUCAGUUUGUAGAUCUAGAUGGUGACUUCUCCAUGCAUACCAAGGUUAUGUUCGGUGUUCCACAAGGUUCUGUCUUAGGCCCACUGCUUUUCUCCCUAUAUGUUACCCCUUGGUGCAAUUAUUUGUAAACAUGGUAUUAGCUUCCAAUGUUAUGCAGAUGAAGCACAGCUAUAUGUUUCAGCUAAAUCAGAUGAGAGACACCAGCUUAUUAAGACAGAAGAAUGUGUAAAGGACAUUAGACAUUGGAUGGCCACUAACUUCCUCCUGCUUAAUUCGGACAAGACAGAGGUGCUUGUACUAGGACCACAGGCAGUUAGAAGUGAGCUUUCUGAUUACAGAGUAAUGGUGGAUGGUCUUUUGGUUUCAUCUUGUCCAGCAGUAAAAGAUCUUGGUUUGAUUAUUGAUUCUGGUCUUUCAUUCGAAGCUCAUGUAGAUAAUAUCACUAGGGUAACCUUCUUCCAUCUUAGGAAUAUUGCUAAGAUAAGAAAUAUGUUGUUGCUUCAUGAUGCAGAAAAAUUAGUUCAUGCUUUUGUUACCUCUAGGUUGGAUUAUUGUAAUGUCUUACUAUCUGGAUGUUCCAGUAGGUGCAUACACAAGCUCCAGUUAGUCCAGAAUGCAGCAGCUAGAGUCCUCACCAGAACCAGAAGAUAUGAGCACAUCACUCCUAUUUUAGGCACACUACAUUGGCUCCCAGUCAAAUUUCGCAUUGAUUAUAAAAUACUGUUACUAACCUAUAAAGCACUAAAUGGUCUCGGGCCACAGUACCUGAGCGAUCUUUUAGUCUUUUAUGAUCCGCCACGCCUACUCCGAUCAAAGGGUGCUGGUUACUUGGUAGUACCUCAAGUAGCAAAGGCUACAGCAGGGGGCAGAGCUUUCUCUUUCAAAGCCCCAAAGUUAUGGAACAGCCUUUCAAUUAGUGUUCGGGAUUCAGACACAAUCUCAAUGUUUAAGUCUAGGCUGAAGACACAUUUGUUUAGUCAAGCUUUUAAUGUAUAGUUUUCUUAGGUAAAGGAGCAGAUCUGGAAGGUUCAUGGUCAUAGAGUGUUUGGUGUACUGGGAUGUGUUGGAUGCUGUCAUCUUACCACCCUCGCAAGUCGCUCAGGUUUGCUGACUGUGAAGUGGUUGGAUGCUUUAUGUCCCGGGAAACCUUCAUGUCUGUGAUCUUCUGGCUCUCCCUUUUAGUUAUGCUGUCAUAGCUAGUCUUGCCGGAGUCCCUGCCUGCAUUUUACACAUAAUUCUACACUGUCUUUAAGCAUCACAUGAUCACAAACUUAAUAUCUUUCUCUUUCUCCCUCUACCUUCUCUGUCGAGCUAUACACCCCACUCCUGAGCUCCCAGUGUUUGCCAGUUUCCAGUGCGACCGCUGCCCUACCCCUGGUCGGAGUCUCGCCGCUUGAUGGUGCCCACUGAUGCUGUGGAUGGAUCUGUGUGGACCAGGAGACAGCCAUGGACAGAGCCACUUGGGGACUUUCACACCAUCACAGAUAUGCCAUUUCAUCUGUCAGCCCGUGACAGCAAAGAACUAGUGUUUAUAAUGACCUUAGAAACUACAAUGACCUAAUAGUUCCUCAUGGGUCAUUGAUUGCUGUUGUAGAAAGGACAUUAAUCAGCUACAGUUACAUUAUUUUCUGUUUAGUGUCACCCAAAUGAGGAUGGGUUCCCUUCUGAGCCUGGUUCCUCUCAAGGUUUCUUCCUUUCCAUCCCAGGGAGUUUUUCCUUGCCACCAUUGCCACAGGCUUGCUCAUUAGGGAUAAAAUAGUCUAAUUAUAGAAUUUAAUAAUUUAUUAUUAUUUCUAGUUAAUUAGUUAUUUUUAUUUUUUUUAAUUAUUUUUCAUUUUCCCCUCCCCUUUCUCUGUUUUCUUCUUUUGUAAAGCUGCUUAGAGAUAAUGUUCAUUGUAAAAGGCGCUAUACAAAAUAAAUUGAAUUGAAUUGAAUACUAGAUGGCUUAUAAGCAUGCUAAACAGCAUGAAAAGAAAAAAAAAAACAAACAAACAUGGGUGCACCUCAGUCCCACUGGUUUCCACCAGUUAUUUCUGAUUGCAUUGCUUGACAUCUUCCGAUGUUGAAGGAAAGUAUGCAUGAUGCCUUUCAUCUGCUGCAUGAAGUUUCUUUGGCUGACCACUUCAUCUACAGUCUGCCUACCUGUUUCUUGUGCUUCUUCAAAAUAGUUUGAGCAGUACAUCUUGACAUCCCAGUUUACUUUGAAAUCUUUGCCUGGGAGAGACCUUGCUGAUGCAGUAUAAAUACCUUGUUUCUUGUUGCUGGGUUCAGUCUUGCCAUGGUGUAUGUCCUGUGACAUGAAAUUGUCUUCCACAACCUCAUCUUAGUAGCAGAGUUUGGCUGUUCUCUCAGUUUAAAGCCUCAUACCCAACUAUUUCUGUUUCAGUUAAU